AGAGAGAGAGAGAGAGAGAGAGAGAGAGGAGGGGGGGCGGGCGGGGGGCCGCGCAAUGGGCAGCAGCAACAAGCCACCAACCGCGCACAAGAAGAGGAAGAAGAAGGGCCGCCCCUCCCUGCUCGACCUCCAGAAGCGCAGCCUCCGCCUCCAGAAACAACAGGAAGAGAAGGAGAAGUCCAAGAACCCUAACCCUAACCCUAGCCCCAAUCCCUACGUCCGCUUCCCCCCCUCAGCCUCCAACCGACGGAUCACCCGCCGGAACCCCCACCCCGACCCGCCGGAGGCGGCGGCGGAGGACGACGAGGACGAGGCCGAGAGCUCUGGAGGGAAGCGCAGGGAGAAGAAGCUCGAGCUCGUGCUCCACCUCCCCCCCGGCCACCCUGCCAAUUCCAAUUCCGCCUCCGAUUCCGACGCCGACGCCCCGGGUGCCGCACGCCGGAAGCGGAAGAUCGACGCCGUCGGCAGUGAUGGGGAUCGAGACAAGGCAGAAACGCACAGUUCCUCGAAAGCGAUGGGUUCUCUUCAAGGGGAGCCAUCAGAUUCCGGGCCCACAACACCUUUGCCUGACAAAAAGUUGCUGGUGUUCAUCCUUGAUAGGCUCCAAAAGAAAGAUACUUAUGGUGUCUUCUCAGAGCCCGUGGAUCCGAAAGAGCUUCCGGACUAUCAUCAAGUCAUAGAGCAUCCAAUGGAUUUCGGAACUACAAGGAAGAAGCUGUCAAGUGGAGCGUAUGCAAAUUUGGAACAGUUUGAGAAGGAUGUGUUCUUAAUCAGCUCAAAUGCCAUGCGCUAUAAUGCCCCAGACACAAUCUACUAUAGACAGGCUCGAUCCAUCCAUGAGCUUGCCAAAAAGAACUUUGAGAACUUGCGACAGGAGAGUGAUGACAGUGAACCAGAACUAAAGAUGGUUGUAAGGAAAGGGAGACCACCAAACAAAAAUAAACGGCCUGUUGGUAGACCUCCUGAGCGUGCUACUUCAGAUUUCUCCCCUGAUUCAACACUUGCUAAUGCUGGGGAUGGUACUCAGUGGUCUAACAUGACACAUGAUUUGUCAAGAAAAGGAUCGGUGGCUGAUCAGUCUGGCAUGAUGGCUUCCCAUGGCCUUCGCAACACUGACACGUUCAGUUGGAUGGGUGAGCAAAAAUCAGAGAGAAAUGAAGAAUAUUCAGGAUUUAUGUUUAAAGGGAUUUCAACAAAAUAUGGGAAGAAACUCACUGUUAUAGAUGAAAAUCGUCGCAACACAUAUAAGCAGUCCCUGCAAUUUACAUCUGUACAUGAGCCACCAGUACUGACUAUUUUUGAUGGGGAGAAGAAACAGCUAGUGCCUGUUGGGCUACGCAUGGAGUAUUCAUAUUUGAGAAGUUUGGCUCGGUUUGCUGCAAAUCUUGGUCCCAUUGGCUGGGCCAUUGCUGCCAAGAAGAUUGAAAGAGCAUCGCCUCCUGGGACAAAGUUUGGCCCUGGUUGGGUUGGAGAUGCUGAUGCUCCUCAACAAUCACGGCCACCUCUAUUAUCUGCAUCACCUUUGCAUCCCUCUUCUCAACCUAAAAUUUUGCCCUGCACAACAAUAUCUAGAAGCGAUAAACUUCCUCAGAGGCCGGAACCACCCUCAAAUGACUCAGCUGCUGAAGAAGCUCAUUUCAGAACGUCUCUUCCCCCUGCUUCAACAUCUGCUGCCUCUAGUAGACCACCUGAUAUUAAGGAUGGUCCCCGGCUUUCCAAGGGAUCAAAUUGUGAGAAUGGAUCGAGUGGUGUUGGUGGUGGUAAUGCUAAUCGGUCCAAGGUUCCUUUCCAGCUUCAUCAGAGCCCAGGAAUGCAUACCACGAUAAACGGCUUCAAUAACGUGUUUAACAUGUCUUCACAGUUUGGUAAGAUGGUCAGACUGACAAGACCGCCUGGGCCUUUUGGUUCUGAUGUACAGAUGACGCAUGCUCGAGCACUUGACAUGGUUUCCAGAGGCGGCAACAGCCUCAUCCAUCAGACGUCCACCAGCAACUUGGACGUGGAGAGGGUAAAGACAAAUGCAGAUGAUUCAAGUACAACAAAUUCUGGAAAUCCCUUUCCAGCUUCUGGCCUCGACUCCCAGGGGCCAUGGCAGGGUAUGUUUCUGCAACCAAAGUCGGAUUCUGUUCCUCCUGACCUCAAUGUUGGAUUCCAGUCACCAGGAUCACCAACUUCAGGCAUGUUAGUUGAUUCACAGCAACCUGAUUUAGCCUUGCAGCUUUGAAGAUACGAGUUAUUCUUCAUGUUAGUUAACUAGGGAGGGAGAUUCAUGGUGUUGGACUCGCACCCGACAAACAGUGUUAGAUGAAGAAAGAUGACGAUGGUUUCUAACAAUGGUUCCACACCACUAAUAUGUUGUAAUAGGGCAGGGGGCGGUUGUACAGAUUAUUUAAUGUAUUAGAAAUUAAAAAUCUUCGGAUGAAGAAGCUAAGUCCCAUUUGUAACAUUCAGAUCUGUCUUAGAAUAGAAGAUUUUGCUUCUGCUGAUAAAUUACUUCCCCUCUUGGUCGAUGGAGUCUAGACUGGGAUCAAUACUUCAUUUUGUUUCCAAA